UGCGACUCUUAUUACUUUAUUUAUAACGCCGCUCUUUUUCUCCAUUGUCUGUAUACUCUGAAAAAACAUGGCAACCACAGAGGUAAAACCCUCCGCCGUUAAAAACCCUAAAAGAAAUCGAAGACCAUCACAUGGUCCGAAGAAAGAUCUGAAGAAGAAGUCUAAAAAGACUAAGAAGUCGAAAGCUCCCACCUUUGAUAAGACCAUUGAGAAGAGUAUAAGAAACGACCAGAAAACCGAGAACGAAGAUGACGAGCAACUGUAUUCGGAACCGGUAUCGGCCUCUGAGCAGCUUAGCUACUUCUUGAAUCAGCUUGAAUCCGCCAUUGGUAUCAAGGUUUCUUCUUUAGAGCUCGAACCCAUUAAAGAUACGUGUAUAGUUGAGUUAUCUCAAAGAUUGGAUCAAGAUGUAAGCAACUUGGGAGAGCAUAUAAAGCUUUCUUGUGGGUCUUCAUGGAGAGAGACUCUUUGUGAAGGAGAGACCCUUGAACGGAAUGUUGAACCUGGAAACCCAUCUGUUCUUGUUAUUAGUUCCUCUGCUCUGAGAUCUUUGGAACUUCUAAGGGGUUUGCAUUCAUUGACUAAGCAUUGUCCAGCAGUGAAGUUGUUCUCAAAGCAUUUGAAGGUCGAGGAACAGGUAUCUCUGUUGAAGAAACGGGUGAAUAUUGGGAGCGGCACACCAAACAGAAUCAAAAAGCUAAUCGACAUAGAAGCGUUAGGGCUUUCGCGUUUAGAUAUGAUUGUGGUGGACAUGCACCCAGAUGUCAAGGGAUUUUCCUUAUUCACAUUGCCUCAAGUCAGAGAUGAGUUUUGGGAUUUGUAUAAAAACUGCUUCCACCAGAGAGUCUUAGAAGGAAGACUACGUAUCUGCAUGUAUGGUCCGAAGCCAGCUCCAAACUUAAAGAAGAAGAAAAAGAAUUAACUUUGAUUGUUUAGUUGUAUCAAAUUCUUAAAAUUAUCAAAGAAAAUCUUAUACUCAUCUGUUUUUUUUACCUUCCAAGAUAACUCGGAUUUGAGAUUUCUUGGUUCAAGCGGCUGCUCCAAGUCUAGAUCAAAGAAAUUCUACUGAAAAUGUUUCACAUACAAAAUAUAAUGGAUUUUGAACGCCACAAAA